UUUCAGUGUUCCCUGUCGACAUGGAUCAUGCUUAUACUUUGAGCGGGUCUCAAAAUGAGCAGACUCGAAUAGUGACCAUUCUCAAGGAUGACAGGGUAACAGCGACAGACGAUGUAGUUGAAGAAAUUUUAGAUGAUCAAGAUGAUGAUCAAACUGAUGAUUUUGAUUCUGGCCAAGACCAAUAUCAGGGAGAUGAACAAGGAGAUUAUCAAGGAGAUGACACCCUUGAGGGAGGUGGUGAAGACUGCACUGAGGAUGGCAUGGACAGCCAAGAUAACUGUAAUUGGACUGAGACAACAUAUGAAGUUUUAUUGCCAACAGAAGAAUGGAUGCAGAUGUUACCUCCUCAAUACUUGCUUCACUACAUCCGAGAACGAACUAUCUGUCGUGAAUCAGGAAGAAGAGUCAUGCGUGAUUCGACUGCACCUCUUAAGCGUGGAUGGCUGCAGGGCUCUUGGAGGGAAACCAUUAAGGACGCUAUUGCUAAACAGACCUCCAUUCCAUGUGUAAUUAAUUUCAUUUCAAGUAAUUUCCUGAAACAACCAUUUUCUCGGAAGGUUGGUCCUCCACUUUGGCGAGUCCGUGCUUGCUGUAGACAAGAUGAUGGUCAGUGUCUUAAAUUCAAUUUAAAAGUGCAAGACUUCCAUCCUAGCAAGCCUCAUGUGAAAAUUGAGAUAUCUGCAGAGGGGACAUUGUUAGAGGGACCUGAGGGUGAAGCUCGUCACACAUUCACAGCAUCCGAUCACAUGAGAGCCUUGAAAAGUAUGCAGCGAUACCAGACAUCUACCCCUCAGUCAGGUCUGAAUGGCAGUUUGGAUAAAACAGUCGAUCAAAGUUCAGAAGAUGUUGUACAAGAUGGAGAUGAGGGGGAGGUGGAGCGACUCACGCUGCAGGUGCCCACCAAGGACUGGAUCUCGUUCCUGCCGGCCGAGGCUGCGGAGGCCUACGUCUUGGAGCGCUCGGCCAUCAGCAAGGACCGGCUGGCCAUCGAGUCGCAGGAGUCGUGGUCGCGGGGCUCGCGCCUGUUCGUGCCGCGCGUCACCAAAGAGUGCCGCCAGUACCUGAAGCGGGCCCUGGCGGAGCGGACGGGGCUCCCCUGCCGCAUCGGGCUCACGGGCCGCUGCCACCUCAAGCCGCCCUUCUCGCGCAAGAAGCGCGCCCCGCUCUUCGUCACCAACGGCUUCUGCGGCCGCAAGGAGCACAAGUGCCUGCGCUUCAAGUUCACCGUGCAGGACUUUGACCCCCGCGCCCCCUUCGUGGACGUGGACGUGGAGGUUUGGGGCCAGCUGCUCGAGGGCCCGGAGGGGGAGGACUGGCACAGCCGACGGCCCACGGAUGACCUGGACUCGGUGGUGAUCCGGAGUCCCGAGGCGGCCGUCAAGCGGCCCUCGAGCGGCGGCGGCGGCGACGCCAUGAGCAAGAGGGCGCGGCUGACCAAGCGUGGCCGGACUCCCGUCAAGAGGGACACCACCUCCGACGCGUACGCCGAGGCUGUGCAGGCGCUCCAGGCCGAGACGUGGCCCGGUGACUUCGACCUCCAGACGGCCGAGGUCGUGCUGCAGGAACAGGUCAAGGGGAGGCCUCAGCCCGAUUUCGUGGCGGCAGACGGCACCGCAAUCCAAGUCUUGUCCGAGGGCGGACAAGAGACUGCCCUGGGCGAGGAUGCGGCGCGGGAGCUCAUGCAGCUGGCCAACGAGGCCUUGCAUCUGGCGGGCGGGGGAACUGGGGCCGACGGCGAGCAGAAGACUCGGUUCACCGCCACGAAGAUUGUUCAAAGUGGGGACCAGGUGUUUAUAUUUGUCGGCGAUCCAGGCGAGGGCCAAGAAGGCGCACCGACUAUCGAGGCCGUGGAAGUCACCGGUGAAGAAUUGGCGGCCGUGGUGGACCACUCCUCAUCCGCCGCUGUCGCCACCUCAGAGGCGGAGAACAUCUUGCAGCAGUACGAAAUAGCCGAGCAGCAGCAACAGCAGCAGCAGGACGAACAGCAGCUGGACCAGGAUCUGCCGUGCAUGGAGUAUCGCUGGCAGAUGAAGCUGCCCAUGGCCGACUGGCUCCGCCUGCUACCAGCCAAGAGCCUGCGCUACUACGUGCACGAGCGGACGGUGGGCCGCGAGGUGUGGGUGGAGGAGGGCUGGGAGAAGCAGUUCCGCUGCCAGACGCUGCAGCACGGCUGGCGGGACGUGGUGCGCCGCGCCGUGGUCGAGCAGACCGACAUCCCCUGCCAGAUGUGCUUCCGCGGCCGCAGCUCCCUCAAGCUGCCCUUCUCGCGCAAGCACUCGGCCGCGCUCUGGCGCACGCAAGGCUACUGCUCCAAGGGCGACCGCAACUGCCUCGUGUACAAGUUCUGCGUGCAGGACUUCCACCCGGACGACGAGGACGUCACCGUGCAGGUGUACGCCGUGGGCAAGCUGCACAAGGACUGCCGGCGGUGGUUCACCGGCGUGGGCACGGUGGUGGCCGAGCGGACCGACUGGCCGGACUACGAGGCCGAGGUGGAGGCUGACGCUGAGACGGACGGGGCGGAAGGCGUGCAAGGUGCCCAGCACCUGCUGCAGGUCAAGUGUGAGCCCGAGCCCGCCGGGGAAGAGUGGGAGCCUGACCAACCUGCGUCGGACCAGGAAGAACAGGAGCACGAGCAGCACCAGGACGCGGAACAACCCCAGAAGGUCGAGCAGGAGCAAGAGCAAGACGUUCAGAACACCGUGGGCGAGGAGUUUUACAACGCCGUCCUGAAGAGCAUCGACGUGAUGAAGCUCCACCUGAGCAAGGCCCGGCACUGCCCGCUCAAGAUGCAGGCCGCUCUGCGGCUGAUCCGCAACGCGCAGGUGACCUGCUCAGCGCCCUGCAAGACCCCGGACUGCUUGUGCCGGCCCAGCGCGCAGCCCGCGGCCAAACUGUCGGGCAAGCCGCGCCUCCGAUGGCCGUCUCGACGCACCCAAGUCGAGGCCGAGGCCGAAGCAGAGGCCGAAGCGGAAGCCGUGGCUGAAGCGGAGGCUGAGUCGGAGCACUACGCAGAAGCGGAGCCUGAUCUGGAAAGUGAACUGGAUGCUGGUCAGGAACCGGAGACUGUUCCCGUAGCCGCCACACCGCGGCCGCCGCCGGGCUCGCACGUGACGCCUGCCAGGACGAAGACGGCCGUGACGUCCUCAACCACGCCGUCCACGCCGGACGGCAAGGCGGGCUGGCGGACGAAGGUGACGCGGUCGGGUCCGCUGGUUCUGACGGCCAUGACCCCAUCCUCGGUUGGGCCCACCAUCAUCAAGCUGUCCCCCGCGCAGAUAGCGGCCGGCGCCCGCGCCCCGCCCGUCAAGGCUCCCGUGGCGGCUUCGUCCUCCUCCAAGUUCGCCAAGCUCUCCUCGGCCAUCGAGCGGUCCGCCCUGCUCACGCCGGCCGUCGUCAGGCCCUUGGUGCCCGCCGUGGACACGACGCCGUCCCGGAAGCCCUCCGUCCCCGCGGCCACUCCGCUCCCCGCGGCCUCGGCCAGAGGGGGCAAGAAACUGGUGUCGUUGCGCUUGGCGUCGCCCUCGCAGGAGCGCCAGGCCCAGGUGGAGACGCCGGCCGAGGCCGGCAGCGACAGCGACCCGUCGUGGAUCAUGGAAGAGAUGAGACGCGUCAUCCUGGACGGCGAAGAAGCCGAGGCCCAGGCCAAAGCCCAGCCCAAAGCACCAUCUAAAUCGCAGCCGAACGCGCAAAAUAAUGCGCAAUCCAGGGUGCAACCUCAAGUUCAGCCCAAGGGGCAACCUCAGGUACAGCCCAAGGCGCAACCCCAGGUGCAACCCAAGGCGCAACCUCAGGUGCAAACCAAGGUGCAACCUCAAGUGCAACCUAAGGUGCAACUCAAGGUGCAACCUCAGGUGCAAACACAGGUGCAGCCCAAGGUGCAACUCAAGGUGCAGCCCCAGGUGCAGCCCCAGGUGCAGCCCCAGGUGCAGCCUAAGGUGCAACCCAAGGUGCAGCCCAAGGUGCAACCUCAGGUGCAGCCCAAAGCACAGCCCAAGGUGCAGCCCCAGCCACAACCUAGCAAGCCACUUCUUAAGGAAGCACCGAAGGGUCAGGCCCAGGAAGACGACCGGCCGGCGGCGGAGGUCACAGAGAGUCCAGACGUGGUCAGGACUACGCGCUUGAGGGUGAUGGUGGAGAAGGUCGUCGAUGCCUCGCUGCCCGUGGUGAGCUCCGUGCGCUCCCUGGCAAAGCCCGCCCCCGUCGUCACGCCCCCGUCGAGGCCUGUCACCCGCGGCACCAAAGUCCUCCUCGGCGCGACUGCCAACAACCCGCCGCCUCUCGUUCCGAUCAGCAAAGGACCACCAACAAACAAAUCGCAAUCAGCACCACUUCAGACAACAAGUAGAGGGUCGCAGGUCGUGGUCAUUAACCCUGAAGGGAAGGAGCAAGCACCCUCACCCAAUAAACCAGCUAAGGUCCCAACUAGGACAGUUCAAACUCGCCUCACAUCUGUCGCAUCUGACAAGGGAUCCCUUCCCCAAGGUGGUAAAGUGUUGAUUCUGAAGCCCUCUAUGCCUUUACUUCGGUCAAGCCCACGCAAGCCGUCCUGAGCACACACAUAUUUGAGUACCGUCGUGUUUCAGUACUUUGUACAAGUUACCAAAAAUAUUGUCCUAGCCAUUGCACAUGAACGCAAGAUCACUACCUCAGCACUAGGUAGAGAACCUUCGCGACCGAGUGACAAUAACAUUUAUCAAUGGAAUUUUAAGUUAGACUAUCGAGGUAUCUAAUUUUUAAAUGUUUGAUUGACAAUGCAUGGUAUGAAUUGUUCUUUGGAUCUACCUGUUUUUGGUAAGUCUGGAGAUAUCUGAUCUCAGUGUACAAAAAUUAUUUGUAGAAUUGUAAAUUGUGUAUAUACUGUAGCUAUAAUGUUCUUAUAUAUCUGCCAAAAUGUGUAUUAUAGUACAAAGCGAUUUUCGAUGUUCAAUAAAUGAACAAUAAUAAGCAUA